AUGGUUAUGGUUCAGAUUGUCAUUUUAGUAAUUAAUAAUGUGAUUAUCUAUCUAUCUAUCUAUCUAUCUAUCUAUCUAUCUAUCUGCCUACCUACCUAUUUAUCUAUCUCAGUUUGUUCAUAUCUAUCUAUCUAUCUAUCUAUCUAUCUAUCUAUCUAUCUAUCUAUUUCAGUCUAUAUCUAUAUAUCUCAGUCUGUUCCUGUCUACCUAUCUAUGUCAGUCUGUUCAUAUCUAUCUCAGUUUGUUCAUAUCUAUCUAUCUAUCUAUCUAUCUAUCUAUCUAUCUAUCUAUCUCAGUCUGUUUAUAUCUAUCUCAGUCUGUUCAUAUCUAUCUAUCUAUCUAUCUAUCUAUCUAUCUAUUCAUAUCUAUAUAUCUCAGUCUGUUCCUAUCUAUCUAUCUAUCUAUCUAUCUAUCUCAGUCUGUUUAUAUCUAUCUCAGUCUGUUCAUAUCUAUCUAUCUAUCUAUCUAUCUAUCUAUCUAUCUAUCUAUCUAUCUAUCUAUCUAUGCACAAUUUUGGGUACUUUUCUAUCUAUCUAUCUAUCUAUCUAUCUAUCUAUCUAUCUAUCUAUAUCAGUCCGUUCUAUCUAUAUCAGUUUGUUCAUAUCUAUCUCAGUCUGUUCAUAUCUAUCUAUCUAUCUAUCUAUCUAUCUAUCUAUCUAUCUAUCUAUCUCAGUCUGUUCAUAUCUAUCUAUCUACCUAUCUAUCUCAGUCUGUUCAUAUCUAUCUAUCUCGCACAUUAGUAGACCCCAUAUCUAUCUAUCUAUCUAUCUAUCUAUCUAUCUAUCUAUCUAUCUAUCUAUCUAUCUCUGCCUGUUCAUAUCUAUCUAUCUCUGCCUGUUCAUAUCUAUCUAUCUAUCUAUCUAUCUAUCUAUCUAUCUAUCUAUCUAUCUAUCUAUCACAAUCAGUCAUCUAUCUAUCUAUCUAUCUAUCUAUCUAUCUAUCUAUCUAUCUAUCUAUCUCUGCCUGUUCAUCUAUCUAUCUAUCUCUGCCUGUUCAUCUAUCUAUCUAUCUAUCUAUCUAUCUAUCAUCCAUCCAUCCAUCUAUCAUCCAUCUAUCUAUCUAUCUAUCACAAUCAUCAUCAUCUAUCUAUCCAUCUAUCUAUCUAUCUAUCUAUCUAUCUAUCUAUCUAUCUCUGCCUGUUCAUAUCUAUCUAUCUCUGCUAUGUUCAUAUCCAUCUAUAUCUAUCUAUCUAUCUAUCUAUCUAUCUAUCUAUCUAUCUAUCUAUCUAUCACAAUCAGUCAUCUAUCUAUCUAUCUAUCUAUCUAUCUAUCUAUCUAUCUAUUCAUCUAUCUAUCUCAUCAUCUAUCUAUCUAUCUAUGUUCAUCUAUCUAUCUAUCUCUGCCUGUUCAUAUCUAUCUAUCUAUCUAUCUAUCUAUCUAUCUAUCUAUCUAUCAUCUAUCUAUCUAUCUAUCUAUCUAUCAAUGUCUCUUAUUUCUAUCUCAAUCUCAAUGUCUCUUAUCUCUCUCAAUCCCUCCCUCCCCUCUCAAUCACACUCUCUCUCUCUCCUCACUCUCUCUCUCUAUCUAUCUAUCUAUCUCAAUGUUUCAUAUUUCUCAGUCAGUUCAUCUCUAUCUAUCUCUCUCUCUCACUGUCUCCUCACGUUCACUGGAUACUACCUGCAUGGAACCAAGUGUUGGGAGACAUUUCAGUUUCUGCAUAUCUAUCUAUCUAUCUAUCUAUCUAUCUAUCUAUCUAUCUAUCUAA